AUGGUUUUCCUGAGAAUAACACUACAUUGCCUCUGCUUCACAGCACUAUUGCCGUUGCGAAGGUCUCUUGCGCACAUAAGUUUGACAACAGCGUACCCCAGCGCUCUUGCAUCGUCCACAUUAUUUGUGCACCAAAACAGAAAAACGAACGGCGGGAAAAGCAGUAUGUCGGCAGCUGCCAAGACGGUGCAGGAGUCAGUUGACCGCCUUCGCGGACAGAUGAUCCGGACGGCCCGCAGAUUUCGCGACUACAACUUUCGCCAGUACUUCGUCCAGCACGUCAAGGACGACUUUGCCGCACUUGCAAAGCUCUCUGAAGAAGAGCAGAGGAAGUUUUUGGCAACAGAAGGGCGCGAUAAGCUGCGUCAGCUACAGCGGAUGGCUUUAGUGAACCAGAUGUAUGCCAAGCGACCUCUCUAUUUUGACACCGCUGCACAGAAGCCUCAUCGCAGGCAAGACGAUGACACGGGUAAGCCAGUCAUACAGUGA